AUGGUCGGCGCAAUGUUCGAGCACGGCCUCGGGCGCCCCAUGGACAUGGCCGCCGCCAUCCGGUGGUACCAACAAUCUGCCUCCCGCAACCACACCGACUCCCUCAGUGCCAUGGGCCGCAUCCACGAAACAGGCAAAGGCGUCCCGCAGGACCCCCGCACCGCCUACGAGCUCUACCUCCUCGCCGCCGAGGCCGGCCACGUCGAUGCAAUGUGCUGCGUCGCUUCCCUUCUCCAGCGCGUGCCUCAAUCCUUAACCAACUACGACGCUGACGGAUCACCCGCGGAGGCCGCCGUCGCGUGGUACCGUCUCGCCGCGCAACACGGCUCACCCCGCGGGCAAAACGCGCUCGGCAGCUGCUAUUAUCGGGGCUUGGGAGGCGUCGAGAGGGAUUAUGGCAACGCGGUGGUGUGGUUUCGGCGGGCGGCGGAGAGCGGGGAUCCGGCUGCGCAUAAUAAUUUGGGGAUAUGUUAUGAGGAGGGGGUGGGGGUUGCGAGGGAUGUGGUGAUGGCGAAGACGUUGUAUAAGUUGGCAGCGGCGGGGGGCCAUGCGGGGGCGACGAAUAAUUUGGGGUAUUUGGCGUUGGUUGAGAAAAACUUCAUGGAAGCAAUCCACCAGUUUCAUCUCGCAAUCACAUUGGGCAGGUGA